AUGGAUGCGCCCGUGAGUGGCUCUCGUAUCGCGCGGGCACUACUGUUGGAGGAGCAAAUGGGCGCAGGGCUGCUGAACGCAGCACCGGUCAAAUUGAAAUGGAUUCCACUUUCCCACGAAGCCUCCUCAAGUCCGGAUCAAUCUACGGACAUUCUAGUCGAGGAUGGAGCACCAAGCAAACGGAAUCUCAAUCUCAAAUCCAUCGAGGGCCGUUGCUGGGUUCGGCUUCGCUUCGGGACCACUGGCGCUCGGAAUACUCCCGUUUACGUAUUUGGCUUUAUACAGUGA